GAACUUCUUCCUGGUCAAGCCCCCUUCAAAAAUUAGGAGUAUUGUUAUCUCGCCGCAAAAGAGGUCAGAAAACAAAGGGCGGAGGAGAUUGGUGGCCUCGACGAUAAUAGCUCGCCGUCGCCGGCCGCCGCCAUGAGGAACCCGCCCGGCAGGCACCUCCUCCGCGUCGCCACCCGCGCCGUGCGCUCCUCGUCGGGGCUCGGCAGCGGCGGCGGGGGCGCUUCCACCUCCGUUACGUCACCCGUCGCGUCCUCGUCCUCGUCCGGCGGCCGCUCGCGCACCCGCUCCGGAGGAGGGCGGCGGCUCCUGCGCGCCACCUCGCCGCCCCCGCCCUCCGCCGUCGCCGCUGCCGCGUGCUGGGAGUCCCGCACGAUGCGGCGGGAGGGGGAGGAGGACUGGGAGGAGGUCGUCGCCGGGGCCGAGGAGGCGGUUCAAGGGGUCCGCGUGCCCGCGGAGGAGGAGGAAGAGUACAGGGUGGUGUUCUGGUCGCCUCCCACCGGAGACGAGGUCCGCGCCGCCUUCUCUAGCAUCGAGGAGGUAUUUGGUGAUCCUUUUCGUUCGAAUUCAGAUGAAACUGAGAUGAAUGGAUUGUCCAGCUCCAUUCAUUCAUCUGGCAAUUCAUCAGGAUCAGAUGACUGGAUUGAACCUGCUGCAUAUGCUCUCAACUCAACUGCUCUUUUGACAAGGGAACAUAGAAAUGUUUUGGAUGCCUUCCGUCUAUUGCAAAAAGAUCCUAAUGUUCAGAAAAUGGUCAUGUCCUUGUCAUGCGACAGGGCUGUUUGGGAUGCUGUUAUGAACAAUGAGGCAGUCCAAGAAUUCAGGAGAUCUUUCCAGGAUGACAAAGAAACAAGUACAAUGGGAAACCAUGGUGGUCCUGCUGGUGUGCUUAAGUGGAUUCUGGGCAACACCCAAGCAAAAAUAAUGGAAUUCAUAGAUAGUAUAAUGAAGAUUGUUAACAUGCUUUUCCACCCUGUUGAUGAUGAAUCGAAGCCCGAUCUUUACAACGAUGCAGUGAAGGUGUCCUUCAUGCUCUCAGUUUUCAUCUUCAUUGUGGUGGCCAUUGCUCGUAUCAAUUAUGAGCCGUGGGAUUUCAAAGUGUGGUGAUUCAAGAUUCUGCAAGCCGUGUGUUACAUAUUUUGUAAUGUAGGACAGCUCAUGGUCUCGAGCUCUCUAAUUCAUAUUCACACGAAAUUAUAGAUUGAUGAUUCCUGGGCUGUAUCAUUUGACACUAACAGUCUGUUGUAAAGGAUUGGUUU